AGGGGUGAGUAAGUGGAGGGGUAAGUGGUUAGGUGAGUAAGUGGAGGGAUGAGUAAGUGGAGGUGUAGAAAAAAAAACGUGGAGGGGUGAGUAAGUGUGAGUGGAGAAAAGGUGGAGCUUCAGUGGAUUCCAUGAUGUGAGGAAGAUGCGUGGAGGACGACCUGCGAUAAAAGGACACGGGGAAGAGAAAGCCGAGGAUUUUUAAUGAUUCCAAGCCAAGGAUUUUUAAUGAUUCCAAGCGAUGUGUGAUGAAGAUUCUGUGAUAAAGGACACGGGGAAGAGAAAGCCGAGGAUUUUUGAUGAUUCCAAGCCGAGGAUUUUUAAUGAUUCCAAGCCGAGGAUUUUUAAUGAUUCCAAGCCGAGGAUUUUUAAUGAUUCCAAGCCGAGGAUUUUUAAUGAUUCCAAGCGAUGUGUGAUGAAGAUUCUGGCCACACGAUCGGGGAGCAUGGGCGAGGACUCCAGGCAGCCAGGCGAGUGUGGUGCAGGCGCCGUGGUUCCGCCCUUGCUCUCCUUCGCCACUAUAAUGUACCAGUUUGUAUUCAUGACCAAACCCGGUGCUGUCUUGUACCCGUCAUGAACCCUUGCGCAUUGCUCCGGGAAGGAAAACGCGCGUCUUGUUGGCCGUGUCUGCGGAUAUUCGCGCAUAUCGGCGGACAGAUAUUCGCCGAACCGAAGAUUCUUGCUAAUCCGGAAAGACAAUUUGUAGACAAACGUUGAAGAAGAAGA